UCAGUGACCGACAGGAUUCACCCGCCUAUGUCGAACACAACUACAAUUACUCCGGAGGAGAUUCAAGCUUUGGACUUGGACCUCAUGACAGCCCCAAAUAUCAAAUAUAUUAACAUUGCUGCUUUAACGGUGUUUACCUGGGACCUGACUUAUUCUGGACCGUUGACAAAGCCACUAGUCCUUACUUUUCCACACGAGUAUAGACUAUGGAACGCCAAGUGGACGCCUGUAAAAGUUCUAUUUCUCGUGAAUCGAUACUUUGCGCUUGGGACAGCUAUCCUAAUCACAUUCUUGACAUUCGACGUUACACCUACAUGGGCUACAUGUAAGCUCAGACACUUUUAUCCCCUUACCCCCCUCAUGGAAAUGUCAGGCUCUGCAAAUACCCUCUUUGCUGUUAUCGCUUUGUUACUAGUGGCCAACAUUGAAAUGAUUCUCCUACUUCGAUUAUACGUGUUGUACGCCUAUGAUAAAAGAAUUGUCCUCCCUGUGUCAGCAUUGUUCGUCGCGGUCUUCAGUGGGAUGAUGGUGAUGGCAGUGAUCAUAUACCAGUAUGAGAAGGAUCACGAAGCUCAGAUCUUUGGCGCAUGCGCUAUACUUGGGUCCGUGGAUUGGCUGUAUCUUUUCUGGGUACCAAUGAUGGGCUUUGACUUUGUUCUUGUCCUGUUAGCAGGCUACAAAUCCCUUCAGCACUAUUUCCAGGUACCAGACAAGAAUUGGUCUGGUGCACGUCUCAUGCGUGCCUUCGCACGAGACUCGAUUAUUUAUUUCCUCUGUAACUUUUUAGUAUACCUAUUCAGUACCUUGCUGGGCAAAUUCGGCCCUGUUGAGUAUUAUCAACUUGGCGCGAUCACGAUCACAGUCAUCCCACCUGUGUCAGCGAAUCGUCUCAUCAUCAAUAUGUACAACUCAGUACACACCGAGGAAGAAGAGAUAUAUACAAAGAGAAGGAAGGGACGUGUAGGGGAACACCGACUCGGACAAAGCAGCUCCUUCUAUCAACAAUUUACGUCCUCAUCCACUAGUUACAACAAUGUUGUGGAGACUAGUGGUACCAAGGACUUGGAGACAGCGGUAAUGAUUCAAUAUGGCUGCACCGAUGCAGACGGCAUCUUCCCAAGUGGCGUCUUCUAUCGCCCAUACAUUAUUUUGGAGGAAGUGACUCCGCCAACGCCCUACAUGAUGAACGUCAUCACACUACCUCUGAACGAGGCUGCCGGUGCUGUAAAUGAGCAGAUUUCGAGCCGCAUUUACUGCCUGCGCAAACUUCUCGGUCUCCAAGGCCGCAUCGGCACUUUCA